AUGCAGCUAUGGCUGAGUCAUAUAUGGCAUCAGGCAGGUGAAACCAUUUGGUGUCCAUUUGGCCACAAUCACGUCGGCACCGGUGCUGCCUCUCUCUGCGUAGUUUCCGUCACCUCACUCGGCACCGGCACACUUCACUCGCAUAAUUGCCCUUACGCCGAGUUAGCCGGCAGACAAGCACGGCGAGGUACACGUGUAAACGGUGGACUAACUUUGAAAAUUAGUUCGAACAUCUGGAACCUUAUUAUUGUUUCUAAGUAUACUGGUGAUGUAUAUCUUAUCCAUGCGUCAGGGUAUGAGGUGGAACAUAAGGAAAUAAGUGGUGGUGUUAUAGUGUUAUUGCGAAUCCUCUUCCCGUCGUGCUUAGAGAGUUUGAAACUGUGGGACGCCGUGUUCAAGCACUUUUCCGUCGCGGUGUAUGCAGAUUCCUUCAUUUUUUUCCCUCUGCUGUUUGCCAAGUCUUUCUUGAAUCACACGCGCACUUGCUUCCAGUUAUUUACGUAUAUCACAGUGGCGUUUGAGGACGCGCCCAGCUUCUCCCUCGUGUGGCGUCCGCUCGUCUCCAAGUUCUCCCGCGACCCGGAGUUGGUGUACUGGGUGCCGCCGCUCUACCUGUCGGGGGAUACGCUCAGACCCAAAAAGCCCGAGGCGACGGAGAUCCGGUCGCCGACGUCGCUGGGGAGGCUGAGGCCCAAGCAGCUGGUCUCUGGAAGGCUGUCCCGUGAUCCGUCCGGCAGUAGAGCCAACCUCCUGACGGCGGACGAGGAGACGCUCUACUUCGGCUGGACGCCUAAGAAUCCCCUGAACUUCGAAGGCAGCGAGCACUUCUACGAGAAGACGCCGACGAUCUUCCAGAUGCACCGCAACCCCAUGAACUUCAUCGGCCAGGACUCUUUCCCAAAGAGGAACGAUUCCUUCAGCUACGAACGCAAUCCCAAGAUGGGUCCUGGGCGCUCCGAGGGACCCAGCACCCCGAGCCAGGCGAGAGCGAAUGCGAAAGGCGAUUCCAGAGAGGAAAAUGGCAGUCUCAAUGAUGAAGCGUUUGUAAGCAACUUCGAAGCCACGCAAGCAGUCUUAAACAAAACGCCCGGUUAUCCCGCGGAGGGGAAAACCCCGGCGCGUUGGCCCGAGGACAUACAGGACGUCCCCAUGAGUCCCGGGACGCUGGAGGCUAGCGUCAUGGGAUGGACGGCCACCCACACGUACAUGAACGACUCCCACCUCCUUCACAAAAUGGCCGCCAGGAGCCUCACUCCCCAGACGCCGUCGACGAUGGACAGGAAGGAACACUGUGUGUGGAAUCUCCCUACACAAAAGGAUCCCGUACUUGUGCUAAACAUGCGCCUGUACUUUGUCUCCAUUGUUAUGAUUGUGUUCCUAGGUGUGGUGCUUACAAUAAUUAUAGUGCAAACAGCCAGACAUCGACAAGAAUCAUUUCCGGAGCUUUAUCCCUGAAGGUGAAUAAUUUUUUACACUGAAUUUUUAGUUUCUUUUAAGAGUACAUUUUAAUGUGUAAAUUAUUAUUUUUUAUUGUUUAUUUUACACUGUGUUAAAUUAAGUUUU